AUGCCAACCAAUUUGAGCGUUGUGUCCCCGUACCCUUCGCAGCGCGUUGUGGUGAUGCGCCACGGCGAGCGCCGUGACAGCGCCCCUGGUACCCCAGCAGAGUCUAACCCUCCUUUGACAGCGGCUGGUGUGGCUGCCAUACAGAGCGUCGCGGCUCGUCUUAAGGGCUGCCUUGGCGCAGAUGCCGCCUACCGUGCCGUCCUUAUUGUUUCGCCGUUUCUUCGCACGCUGCAGACGGCGGAGGCGCUGCAGCACCACGGCGUUGGCGCGGCGCGCGCCAUGGUGAUCGACAACACCCUGUCCGAGGUGUUUGGUCCAUGCCGUAUCAAGACACAACGUGCGCCGAAGCUGCAGGUACCGCCAUCGUCGCAUGUUGUGGGAGCGCUACCUGCGUGGGGAGAGUCCAUCGAAAAAGCGACAAAGAGGUUCGUCGCCAACUUUCUGAGGAAUGGCGACGUCUACGGCGGGUAUUUGACGGCCGCUAGCUUCCCUACAGAUGCGUCUCUCAGUGGCAAAGACGGCUUGCCGAGUUCACGGAGUCCUGUCCUAGAGUCGGUCCUAAGGCUCGACAGGAGCCGCCUUCCGCCGCGCAACCUGCCGCCAGGAGCGUUGGUAAGCCCCAAUACGAGAAACUCGAGCAACAUGGUAGAUGACCAACCUUGCGACGUCAUUCUCAUCACUCACGGCGACGCGAUUAGCGCUGUUGUCUCGCACUUUUACCCCUCCCGUGUCGUCUACGAGGCGGGAUUUUUGUCUUACGUAAUUAUGCAGCGACACGGUGUCGGUAACCGCGUGUACCACCUGGAGAAAUCGGUGGGGGUGAACUGGCUCGUAGAGGGCAUCGAUGCAGAGCCACUGGACCCCAUCUUAUUCAACUUGGAGAAGCAACGUCUCGUCGUGGAAAGCGGCAGCGGCGCUGGGCACGAUAAUGACAACGAGGACGAUCGCCUAGAAGACGGUGCCUAUGUACCGAUAAGCGUUGCUGGCUCUCGCAUGCAGCCCCGCCACGUCGGUGGCUUUCCUGACCACUCGCACGCGAAUCGAGGGGUACAGUCCACGGCACGAAGCAACGCUGAAGCAAGUUCGCCGACUGAGGCGGUAAACACGCACAGCCCCACAACGCACAGUCGGACGACGAGGGGCGCCGCCAACAACAGGGACCUCAGUGGCAGCUCUUUCCCUCUCGCGACAUACGCGCCCAUGCCACUGGAGGUGUCAGAGCAAUCACCGCCGCCGAUGCACCAACACCACCACCAACCCAGCAAUACGUUGCAGAAUCCUCCCUACAACAAUUCUCUUACUCCCACCACUGAUGCUGCUGUCGCAUCUGCAUUCCCUCAGACGCACCAUAGGCACCCAAACGCCAGCGAAGGCUGUGAAAGGAUCCGCUUGCCCACCGGAACACCCGCGCAGUCUUCGAGCAACUCAGUCAGUAAUUAUGGGCACAGCUCAGGUGAAUGCGCAGAAGACACAGAGGCUGCUGGAAACGGCAGCGGCAGUCCUCAGCAGAGGGAAAGGGAGAGGCCGCUGAAGGGGGCCGAAUCGGUGUCAAACCUAUGUUACAGCACGGAGGAAAGGGAGACAGAAAAGGGCAUCAUGCUGGACGAGUCGAACCAUGUCCCUAUUCUUCCUCUCCUGAGCGACUACAGGGGACUCUCCGAGGAGCCGAGCAUCGGUUUGUGGGCACGACCACCUUCGAUGCCAGCCACGUUCUUGUCCGCGGCGACGACGACACGGAUUGACGAGUCACGACCAUUGCCGCACCUGGAAACCACGAGUGCCGUAGCAACUGCUGGCGUACUGGUGUCGUACGGCAGCGACGCCGCGGCACCUGCCGAUAAGAGCUUCGAAACUGACUGCGCGGAGGACGGCACCGUUGUACGCGGAGGCGCCUCCCUGAUGAUCCUCCCGCACCCCAUCUUUUCUACCGCUGUCGCUGUCGGCGCUUCCGGUGACUCCACGGACGCGUUGAACCGAUGGAUCGACCGGCAUCAGAGCGUCAUUUAUGGCGCAUUUGUUUCCUUCGCAUUGCGAACUGCGGCAGUGUUCUUAAUUCUCUUCAAUGUGCUCGUGCAACGCCACGACACGGCGACGCUGUGGUUUGGGGCAUUUGCACUGACGUGGGAGGUGGGAUUUGCGGUAGUGUUGUACUGUUCCUGCCAGCCUUCAGGCUGGCGCAUGCGACGCAUUCGCAGCGCUGUUGAGCAGUUGCACUUCAGCGUGCCAUCUGCAAGGGGCCGGGCCACCACUGCCCGGCGCCAAUGUGUCGUGAUGUGCGAUGCUGACUCGCCCGACGGUGCCAGCGACGACUCUUCGAAGGUGCAGCCGCUGUGUGGUUUCGGCCGCUCUAGCGCCGGUGCGGCCGAGAGCAUAAACUCAGUGGAGUCAUCGGGAGGUUCCGAUAGCGUGGGCAGGGAUGCAUUGGCGCCGAACAGCGUUUUAAAGCGGGCCGUGCUAAGCGUCUUGUGCGGGAUCCGUCUUGUCGUCGCAACCGUUCUCAAGCUGGUGAUUCUCAGCGUCCUGAGUUUUGUCUUUGCCUUUCUCUGCGGAUCUCCCGCGCCUGGCGUGAUGUCAGUCAUUUACAACAUUUAUGAGUCGACCGUUGGUCUUGUGCUGCUACUGACGUAUGGGUGUGUGUGCGUAGUACGUGGGCUGUGGGAUGAGAGAAGGCUUGACAGAGCUAUUGACCGCGUGUGA